AUGUUAGAAACGCUAACGCAGCGCCACGUCAACUUCCGGUUCCGGAGCCAGGUCCGCCUCAAAGGUUUCUUCAAGGACCUGCAUGUUGUGCUGAAGGACGAGGAUUCAUCAGUGAGAGCAAAGACCUGCGAGCUGAUUCAUCUGGUGACGAACCACAGCAUCGGCAGGAUGGCUCUCGUCUCCUCCUCUCUGCUCCCUUCUCUCUCUGACCUCCUGGACGACCCCUCGUCCUCCUGCAGGAGGAACGCCCACCUGGUUCUGAACAGCCUCGCUCAGCUGCCUGCAGGAGCUGAUGCUGUCCUGAAGCUGGUUCCUAAGCUGAUGCUGAAGGUCAGAGAGAUGCAGCAGGAGGAGGAGGAGGAGGUGCUGCUCCUCUCCACCCUCACCUCCUGCUCCAGGCUGGACCCUCGGCCUACUCUGGUAUCAGGCGGCAUUCCUCUGAUCGGUCAAAGACUGUCCCACUGCUCCCGGGACGUCUGCAGGGAGGCAGCGGCGGUUCUGAUAGCGCUUAGUGUUCCUGAGGACGGGAAGCGGCAGGUCUGUGAAGAGCAGCUCCUUCCUGUUCUGAUGGAUCUGCUGCAGGACGGAGACGUGGAGGUCCAGACCAACGCCGCAGGGGUCAUCAUGAACACCGUCAUCAUCACCACAGGUCCCUCAUCCUGUUUGGUUCCAUCGAGAUAAAUCCUCAAGUCUUCAUUGGUUCAGAACCUUUCAUCUGCAAACUACAAGAACAAUCGGGUCAAACAGGAUCAGAUUUACUUCCAAACAUCCCAUGAUGAUUAAAUUAUGCUUUUAGGUUCAGUUUGUUCCUCCAACUGUCCAAAAGAUUUCUAUCUAACUCAGCAAAUUGCCCUUAUGCUUAUGCUGAGCAUGCAUGUGGUGACA